AUGUACACUUUAUUAAAAUAUAAAAAUACAGGCUAUAGCGAAAAGCCACAGAGAAAAAUUAAGAAAAGUAGAUUUCAACACCGAUGUUGGACUAGAGUGAGGGAGGCUUUAAACGUGGACUUGGAUUUUGAAGAGUUUGUCAACUUGGAUGAUGACGUUGCAAUCUGUGGAGAGCUCACUUAUGCUGAAAUUGUAUCCUAUGCCGUGGCAGGGGAGCAAGAAACAGAAGUAGAAGCAGAAGACGACGUGGAUGAAGAACUCGUUAGUCAACCAGAUAUUACAUCAAAUGACGCAAGAGAUGCCCUCAAUGUGUUAAAGUGUUAUUUUCUAAAAAAAAAUGCUUUAAAUGAUGGUGGUGUUAAAUCUAUCACUGUGCUGGAGUGUGAAAUCGAUAACCUAACACAAGAUUGUGGAAUUCAAGACUGUCUUCACUGUGGCUCGAAGGGUUGUAUCAAAUGCGCGGAUUUGAUGGUGUACCCUUCCAGAGAAUGUGUCUCCAAGUGCCCUUUUGGUCAUGUCCAAAAGUGGAGUACGAUGGUAGAUUACGUGGGAAAAAUCUGUCAGCAUAACGGAAACUUUUUAGGACUCUCCAACAAUGCUAUGGCAGUCUUAACUGGCGUAGUGACUGGUAGUAUAGUGUGUAUAGUACUUCUAACGUGUGCUGUGUUAUAUAUUAAGUUUAGAAGAAAAACGCUUCCGCCGUUAAGUGAAACAAGCUCAGAAAUAGAUGAUUCUCCGGAACGAAAAGAUUUCGUUAAGCAAUUGGAGACUUUAAGACCUUAUGCUCAAAGUUAUUUAGAUAUGCUGAAUGACACCAGACGACAGAUAAGAGAACUACAUUCCGAUGGAGAUACUUCCGCUAUUUCUGCGUACAGACCCGUGAUUAGAGAUUUGGCGAAGAUUCUACUGCUUCUUAACAGGCCUGUGGAUAGGUUAGCGGUGCCUGACGAUUGGGAACAUCUAUUUAACUGGGCGGAUAAGGUUCUGAAGAGAUAUAAAAGAAUGAGCGAAACCUCGCAUCUUCAAGUAGCCCAAUUAGUUGACUUCCUUCAGGGACCUGUAGUCACGCCUGAUCUAACCAGAGAUAUUGACAGUUCCCGUGGUAGCACCACUAUGAGUACCUUCAAGCCCAACCAGGUGUUCGGCUCCAGUUUAAGCUUGCAAGACAUAGCUAUCAACAACUUCACCAGCAACUACGAUUCGAAAUGCCAUCUACCUCUCAAUCCUCAAUGGAAGUUCGAAUACUCGCUGGUCAAUAACUUGCCCUCUUCGGAAUUCAACCCCGCUUCGUGGAAGAAUAGCAAGGAGUAUUUGAAUAACUCAAUAUUCUUGGAAGAUGACUUCUACCAGCUUGGGUUCAGGCCGCAAGAUGAAAUUACGACUGAGUUGUAG